CCAUAUGGUAAACAGUUUAGCCAAUGAUACGAUGCGAUCGUGAUCAUGUGACUUAUAAUAAUGGAAUAGUGUCAUAGGGGAUAAUUGUUACACGUACAGACUAGAAAUAAGGAAGAAAACAAAGAAACGAGAGGUCUUCAGUUUCUUUGAAGAUUCGUGUGAUUUCUAAUCACAGUGGCUUUACUUAAUAUAUAAAACAGGAUAAAAAGAAAUAAAAUAAAAAUGGAUAUGGAACAGAAUGGAAAUCAGAACCCAUCCCCCCUGUGCCGUGCUGGGUGUGGUUUCUACGGUAGCUCCUCCUUCGAGGGUAUGUGCUCCAAGUGCUAUAAGGAUACGAUGAAGAAUAAAGAGAACGCCCCCACCCUCAGUGGCCGUCUCAGUCCCGCGUCGGCAACCACUGUCAGCAGCUCAGGUGAAACGGAUUCGGUGGGAAACGUGACCUCGACGUUAGCUCACACCUCUCUAGGUACACCUGAGUCCGGUAGCUCUAACUCCCUGAAGGACCUGGCUGCCAGCACCACCCCCAGUGUAGAGACCGCUACCCCCACUGUCCCCAUCCCCGGGGUCAGCUCUAGUAAACAGGAGGCAGAGAAGGCGGACGUUGCUACAGGAGGGGUUGUUACGGACGUGGCCUCAUCACCAGAUGAUAAGAAAUCAAAGAAGAACCGCUGUACUACCUGUAAAAAGAAAGUGGGCCUUACAGGUUUUCCCUGUCGCUGCGGAGGCUUGUUUUGUAGUAUGCACAGAUAUUCGGACAAGCACGAAUGUGAUUUUAACUACAAGGAACUUGCACAAGAGCAGAUCCGCAAGCAUAACCCUGUCAUUGUGGCAGAGAAAAUUCAGAAAAUUUAAUGCCGUGAAACGUAGGAGUUAUCAUAUUGUUGUCUUCUUCAGACACUUGUGUCUAAAAAAUUUUUUCUUUUUAUUUUAAAAUGUGUGGGUGUUUUUUUGCAUUAAUAGAAACAUCAAAGAGAGAGCUUAUAUUAGAUUUUACAGAAUGGAGGAAUUAAGGAAAUACAUGUAAAAAAAAUUAUAUAUUUUUUGGUAAUUUUAAUUCAAAGGGAUUGAGAUGUUCACUUCUUCAAAGGAAAAAAAUUGUUGAUAGUUUAUUGUUUUUCCCCCCUUUUUUGUGGAAUUUGGAAAGUAUUUAUUAUAAUUAAUAUAUAUAUUGUUUAUGUUUCUUUUGAUAUUUUUUCAGCACUAAUACUUUUUCAGUAUUUUUAUUUCCUUUCAGACACAUUGUAUUUAAGAUAAAUAAUUCUUCAGGUGUGACCAUCAGUCUGUUACAAAGUUAUUACAGCAUGUCAACAUUUUUUCCCUGACAUUUACAUUAUUUAAUGUGAAAAAAUGCAUUUACAGUUGCUUUUUGCAAAUGUGAACUCCACUGUCUGUGUGAUUUUACAAAGAAUUGUGGGAGAAAAGUAAAGAAUUGUGGGAGAAAAGAUUAACAUACAUGUACAUAUGUAUUCUGAACCAUUGUUAAAAAAAAUUUCAGGAAAUAUGAGGGAUAGAGUCAGUUUUUUUUUUUUUUUCUUUGUAUGUUUAAAAUAACAUAGGGGUUGAUCUACGAGUGUUUCUGUGCAUUUUGAAUUGAAAGUUUUAUAUAAAUUUAUGCAUUGAAAUGUUAAGUAUACCCCAGUGCUUGCAGACUUUUAAUAUGCAGAUGCUAACUUUGCCCAGAGGCGAGCAUUAUUUAUGAUUUUUAUUUAUUUCCAAAGCUAUGUUCUCUCUAUCAAAAUAUUUUUCAAUUUUUCUUUUAGAGUAUCAAAAAGUAACAUUAAUGAAAACAUUAUAAUAUUAAUAAUAUCAAUCUAACGUAUAUGUAGUGUUUAUGACUAUUUUUCAAAUAUUGUAAUUGUGUGGGUAUUUUCCCCUCUGUAUUUUACAUUGGACGAUAAAUUGUUUAAUUACUUAGAUAAUUAAUUGUUUACAAAAUGGUAAUUGUACAUAGGAGCUUCUUACACCAGUGCAUGUACAGAGCUUGUUAAGUCCACAAUGUUAUUUUCUGUGUGAAAAUUCAAUUUGCACUAUAACCCUUUAUAAGAAUCUUUUGCCUUUUAAUCCUCUUUUACCCCCCCCCCCCUUUUUUUUCCCUAGUUCUUUUGAUAUGGUCAACUUUGAAUAUAAUAAUAUCCCACAUAUCCCUUGUGUAAAACGUUUUUUAAAACAAUUUUCCUUCUACAUUUAAAUAUACACCCUCACACACCUUUUCAAGAGUGCACUUUUCCCUUAUUCCUAAAGUAGAUCAUUGUAAAUGUUCCCCAUUAUAAAGUAAAAAGUAUUUUUUGAUGUAAAAUACAAUUUGCAGAUUUCUUCUUUUUUAAUUAUGGUGAUUUAUGCAAUUCCACCUGUCUAAUUGAGUAAUUGUUUAUAUCUCCCACACAUGUAGCAUUAUAUUGGUAGGGUUGAUAUGGGAUUUUAGUGUGUGGUCCAUUCAUUGUGUCUGAUGAAAGAACAAUUGUGAUUGGCUGUGUGUGUAAAUGGUAUUUGAAAGAAGAAUUCUGAUUGGUUGUUUAGAGGACAUUUGAAUAAUUGUGAUUGGUUUUCAUUUGAAGAAUGUUAAAGUGAUAUAUAUUGGUUGUCUGUGUUUGAAUGGAGUAUGGAUGUAUAAAGAAGGAGUGAUGUGUUUGUAAAGCUAGAUAUCUAUAAUUAAAAAUAUAUUCAUGUGUAUUGUUAUUAAUUGAUUAUUGAUUUGUUUUAUUAACCAUAUAACAUAGUGAUUUUUUUGUCAUUUAAAAAUCCAUACACAUUUUGCAGUUUUUUCCCCCUCUAUAUAAACAAUGAUAAACAUUAAAAUUUGGUUAUAUGAAAAUAUCUAAGAAAAUAUACACAGACAUGCACAUAUUUGUCAUGUAAUGCACAAGAGUACUUGAAUACAAAUUGUUAUUAGGAUUGUUAUAUUUUUGUUUCUAAACGUGAAAGUCAGUUUUUUUUUAUGUUUGAUUACAAAGCAAGGCAUGCUUUAUUCAAUUUUCAAAUUCAGUGUUGUUGUUAUGUUUUUCUCCAAUUUAAGUAAAGUUCACUUUAUAAAAAUGUUAUGCCCCUUAAACUUCUUGUGUGAAAAAAAUAAUGUGUAUUUGUGUGUACAUGCUUCUACAUUAAAAACAUUGUCACUACCGUUAUAUGCACUUUCUAUACAGUAUCAUACAUACGCUUUUUUGAGAGAAAAAAAAUCCAUUUAACCCUCGUCAGAUUUUUAGUUUCAUUUCAUGGAACGAUUUCAUCAUGAGCUGUGAAAAUAUUUGAAUAAACUUGUUAUAGAU